CGAGCGGCGCCUCCGCCCGUGCGCCCCCCUCCUCCCGCGCCUCCGCCCGCCCCCUCAGCCGCGGCUUCUCUUUCUUCCCAUUUUCUGUCCCUUUUCUCUGGUGGACUCUCCAGCGGCCUCUCCCCUUUCCCCACACCUGGGGCUCCUCGGCCCGUCCUUGCUUCUGGAGCUGGGGCUGCCCGCGCUCCCACCCGCCGCCGGAGCCCUGCCCCUGCCCGGCCCCUGCCCCGUGGAGGGGGCCCGCGCCCGCCAGCCUCCAACUCCUGGGAGGAAAACUUUUUGAAGCAGAACCCUACAACAUGCAUCUGGGACAACUGCCCUUGACGCUUUUGGCGCUUAUGUGCAGGGACACCUCGGAAACCUGUACUGCACGUCUUCAUAUUAAUGCCCUUGAAGGGGAACCUUUCUUUCUGAAAUAUUGCCCAUUUUCUCCUGGGCAUAAGAAUGAACCAAACACCACAAAGUGGCUCAAAAGCAAUGACUCACAUGGAGAAGUUGAGCUCCGCUCAAGCAGUUCACCCAGAAUGACUUUGCAUGAUUAUGUUUUGGAGUUUUGGCCAGUUGAGUUGGAUGACAGUGGAUCUUACUUUUUCCAAAUGGGAAAUCAUACUCAUGAAUGGAGACUAAAUGUCAUCAGAAGAAGUAAACACAACUGUUUUACUGAAAAACAAGUAAUUAGUAAAACUGUGGAAGUUGGAAAGGCUUUGCAGGUGGACUGUAACCAUAGUUACUAUCGAAACCUGGUCAACAGAACGGCACUGUAUAAGAACUGUGAAAAGAUAGAGAACAAUAAAAACCCAUCUUUAAAGAAGAACGCAGAGUUUAAAGACCAGGGAUAUUACACCUGCGUGUUUUUCCUUCAUCACAAUGGGAAGCUAUUUCAUGUCACCAGCACCUACAAUAUAACAAUAGUUGAAGGUCACAGUACUGUCAUUCCAGUUAUUCUUGGACCAGAGAUUAACCACGUUGAAGUGGAAUUAGGAACAGAUGUGCAGCUGAACUGCUCUGCUUCGCUGAAUGAAAAGGAUCACGUCUAUUGGAACUUCCUUAGAGACGAUGGGCAGGACCCAAAUGAGCACGAAGGGGAGGAAAUAAAGGCCAGGACUUCAGAAGGCAAAUGGCAUGCUUCAAGGAUAUUGAGAAUUGAGAAUAUUAAUGAAAAAAACCUAAAUUUUUCAUAUAAUUGCACUGUGUCCAGCGAGAAAGGCCUAGACACGAAACGCUUCGUCUUAUUGAUAAAAGAUCGGGGUGACAUCCCAGGCCAUGUCUUCACUGGAGGAAUGAUCACAGCGGUUGUGAUCUCGGGGGGAGUUGUGUGCCUAGUGAUUGUGGCUGUUAUUUAUAGAAUUGACUUGGCUCUAUUUUAUAGACAUUUCAUGGGAAGAGAUGAAACAUUAACAGAUGGGAAGACAUACGAUGCCUUUGUGUCCUACCUGAAGGGGCGCCGGCCUGAGCACGGGGAGGAGCGUGCCUUCGCUGUGGAGGUCUUGCCCCGGGUGCUGGAGGAGCGCUUCGGGUAUAAGUUAUGCAUAUUCGAGAGGGAUGUGGCACCUGGAGGAGCUGUUGUUGAUGAAAUCCAUUCACUGAUAGAGCAAAGCCGAAGACUAAUCAUCGUCCUAAGUACAAGUUACAUGUUUAACGAAGUGAAGUAUGAACUUGAAAGUGGACUCCAUGAAGCACUGGUGGAAAGGAAAAUUAAAAUAAUCUUAAUUGAAUUUGCACCCAUCAGUGACUUCACAUUCUUGCCCCAAUCACUAAAGCUUUUGAAAUCUCACAGGGUACUGAAGUGGAAGGCUGACAAGUCUCUCUCAUAUAACUCAAGGUUCUGGAAAAACCUUCUUUACCUGAUGCCUGCGAAAAUGGCCCGGCCACGUAGAGGUGAAUGUGAAGCCGAGCCGGUGCUUGCCAGGUCCUGUCCUUAGGGAAGUGCGUGUGGGCGAGUUGCAAGCUCUGGGGGCUGAGGAAGGAGCCUGCUCCAACCAUGGCUGUGGCACCUCCAUUUCACUCCACGGAAAUCCCGCUCCCAGUUCCGCCAUGAAGCUUCACUGGGCUGGGCUGCCGGGAGGAGGCCCCAGCGAGCUGCCCAUGUCCCAGAAGACCCUGGACGCUACAGAAGUGGCUCUCCUCUCUCCCCCUCUUUCACAACUGGGUAUGCGGCUGGGAAUUAUGUAACAUGCCGCGUGCCUUACCAAAAGGGCACAUCUGUAAGCAUUUUGAAUGCUACCCGUUGAACUAAAGGAUUUUAAAUUUAUGAACAGGCUUUUCUAUGAGCCAGUAGGGGACAUAGUGAUGGGCACAGUGCAGACACCAUCACUCUCCCACAUAAGCCACCACCUCUUACACCGGGACGGUGCUGGGGGGUGCUGGCUGCGGGCUGGUGCAGGGCAGGGCAUGGGGAGCCGCGUGGGGAGCCACGUGGCAGGGCCAGGCUCCGGGUGUGCUCCGUGUGGCCUGGCCACAGCUGCAGGCCAGGGGUUGUUGGAGCCCCACCACGGCCCUGUGCUGGGCAUGCUUCACUGGGCCUAUUUGUAGGAACUUCUUAAAGGCAACCCCAAACAACUAUCUUUGAGGAUAAACACAAGUUUUAAUUAAACAACUUUAAUUAAAAGAUCUUAAUUAAUUUUCCAGAUCUUUCCAAGUUGGUAAAAAACAUUUGUUGAUUCUACACAAAUAUUUACGUACAGGAUGAGUGCCAGACCAUAUUAUCCGUUAGGCAACAAAAAAGGAUAGUUACUUGCUUGAUUUGUUAGAAGGUUACAUAUUACAUGCCUGUGGUGAGGGCAGCAUGGCUGGUGGUUUGGUGUGAGCUGUGCAGCCAGGAUGUCUGAGCUCAAGUCCUGGCUUUGCUGCUUGCUUCUGUGAAUCCUGGACUCUUUCCUAGCGGAUCUGUGCCUCAGUUUCCUCAUCUGUAAAAUUAGAAUAUAUGAUAACUAUACCUACUUCAGGGGCACUACAUGAAUAAAAUCCCUACAACAGUU